ACAUAGUACGGCAGCGGUUCUCAACCUUUUAUUUGUGACGCCCCCCUGACAAACAAAGUUACGUCCGCGCGCCCCCCUUAGCCAGCAAUGUAAGCUAAUUUGACUAAUACUGGUAUAAGAAACUUUAAAAAAAUGACCACCUGCGCGCCCCACAGGUUGAGAACCGCUGUAGUACGGUGUGUUAAACAGAAUAACAUUUCGUUCUUAUAUUUACCUGUAAAAGCUUUAAUAAAAAUUUGUAUUAUAUUGGUUUCUUAUUCUUGCAUCGACUUAAUGGAAUAGACAGUAUUACAAUAGGAAAAAGUUAAUAGUCGCGAGGCUGACGGUUGUCCAUAAGAUGCUGCUUACAAGGGAGACAAUCAUCGGCGGUCAAGUAUCGGGGAAAAAAAUGUAAACCGGAAGUAUCUUGUACGUCAUCAGUCUAUCACGUGACUAAGUGGCUCCCUACCAAACGUGCCACCAGCUCCAAAUACUCGGAAUAGCAUUAUGUUUUGUCGCUGUCUGUAAAACGCGAUUCAAGGGGAUUUUUCGAUUAUGUAGGACAGACAUGCUGUGUGAUAUAAUCAUGAAAAAGUCAAGUGACUGCAAGUAAUUAUGGAAACCGACAAAACAGCAGAAUUUCUCCAUCCAUCCAUCAGACUGGAUUAAUUUUUGUGUCGACAUGAAAGAGAUUGGAUUAGCUAGUCACAUCAUCUUGGUUGCUCAGUGUUUCAGUGACAGAAAGAUGACUAUUGACAUGGGAUCAUCUUGUGUGGCAUUGUGCCAAAAUGAAAAGGAUUAUUAUGGUUGUGAUGCUUUGUUUUCAGCGGAAGUGUGAUUACAAUGAUAUUCUGAAGUGUGUUCUCACAGAUCUGUCAAUCACUCAAGAAAGGAAUUUGUGAUUAUUCCAUAUUGUCAUUGGUGCAUAUGGCUUUAGAUGUUUUAACCAGGCAUGUUUUGCCUGUACACAGCAUAUUAUUUAUACAUAUUUUAUGUAUUAGGUUGUGAAAUGAGUGCAUUCCUUGACAAAACAAGCCUGCGAAGUCACCUGUCUGUCAUUUUGGAUAGGGUUUGUGCUUUUGCAAUGUCAAAAUCAGCGUUUUUGCAACCUGAGAUGCAUUUUUAGGACAUUUUGUUCACCAUUGUGUCAGCUUAUUGUGUGUAUGCUGUGCACAAAGGGGAUUUUGACCUCAAGAGGACAGAACCAUGUCCACAAACAGUCGUGUGAUGGCACAGUCUCAAAAUGAGCUGGACACAAUCCGGCAGCGGGCGCGUCAGGCAGAAGAAUACUACCAGCGUCAGAACAAUCCGACCCUUCCUGAUCCUGGCAACAGAGCAGGGCACACUAUAAACUCCUUGUCAUCCUACAGCCGAUCUACAGAUAAAGAUUGCAGCCAAACUCAGUAUGCACUUCUUAGAGGUCAGAUGCAGGGUCAGAGGUCUUCCAUGGAAGAUAUCAUGCACUCAGGGCUUGAACCUGCUUCGUCCACCAACUUUUAUCGUGCCAAGAUGAAAGCUGGUAUUAUAGAUUUACGCAGCUCCUAUAAUGAGCGUAUUGGCUCUGGCACGUCACGGCUGCGCUCCAGAACUUUUCAUGGACCCCACACUGGCCGCACGCGAACCCAGACGUAUGCAGUAGAUUCUUCUAAGAGCAAACCCACAGCUUCUGUGACAGGUAAGCAGCAGGACAGGGACAGACAAGAGCAAGCAGUGAGAUCCCACCGCACCUCCCCAGCUUGUUUGUAUCGAAGCAACAGCAACCUAGAAGUGGACAGUGUAGAAUUUGUGGAAGAUGAGCGGCCAGUAGGCAGUCUCCAUCGUGAGUAUGGAAGCACCUCAUCUCUGGACCUUUUAGGAACGGGAGAAAAAUAUGCAGAGAUAAUUAAAGACUUUCAAAAUGGGAAUACACCAAGUCAGCCUCCUCUUCAGCAGCUUUUGCGAGAAAAGCUGCUGAAUGGAUCAGCUGACAGAGAUGAGGAUGAUGGCUCUGACCAUGGGAAGUCAAAGGGAAAGUCAAAGCACAAGGACAGAAAAGCGCGAGCAAAGUCUAUAACAAGUGACAAUAGUGCUGGCAUUUUGAAGAAGCUUCGAGGUGGCAGUAGCAAACAUGAUGCUAGUGAUCCCUCAAGCAAAGCCGAUGAAAAGAGCAGCGAAGAGACAGCAUCGGAGGAAAAGCUGAGGCAGAAGGCCUUUGUUCAUUUUGACUGUCAGAGCAUUGGAGUAAGAAUGAGCAGGUCUGACAGAAUGCGGGCAUCUCCAAACUACCUGAAAAACAUCACCACAGGUGCUUCUGCAGCCUCAGUCAAGCGCAACAGCUAUGCAGUCAGUGGUGAUAAGGACUUCACAAACUCAUCUUCCAGCGAUGAUGCCGGUGAUGGAAAAAGCAAUGAUCUUGUCUUGUCAUGCCCAUUCUUCCGUAACGAGCUGGGGAGAGAGGAUGAGCAGGCUGUUGGUGUCAAUGUCCUAACUGCCCUGAAGAACCUGGCUUCCCAGCAGUCAGGACAAAGCAACACCACCAGCAACAGCAGCAGCAGUAACAGCCCAUCUCCCAGUGUGUCUUUCUUCACCAUGUCACUGGCUCGUCAUCCAGCAUGCUGUGGGGUAGCUAUCUUGGACUCCUCUCCAUCUCCAUCAGGACAAAUCCUUCCACCCCUGAUAACACAUCGUGGUCACGUAAUAGAAUAUGUGGAUCAUGGUGCAUAUUACUACCGCCAUUUCUUCUAUGGCCAUGACCAUCAGAACUACUUCGGAACAGAUGAGUUUCUUGGGCCUAUAGCUAUAAGCGUAAAAAGAGAGAAAUUAGAUCCUGAAGAACGGAUUAACAACUUGGGGAAAGCAGAAUAUGGUACAUACCAAUAUCGGAUUAUCUGCAGAACCAGUGAGCUGACAACAUUUCGUGGGUCAAUACUGGAGGAUGCUGUGUCAUCCUCUAGCCGCCUGGGUUCAAGGGGUGUCCCAAUUAAGGAUGUACUGGAGAUGGCCUUGGGGGAGGUGCAGUUAUCCUGCCUGAAGUCAGCUAUUCCUGGCCAGAAAACUGCUGACCAACUCCUUAAACUUGAUGAGCAAGGGAUUUGCACCACAUAUAAAGUUGGCAUCAUGUACUGCAAAUCUGGUCAAUCGACAGAGGAGGAAAUGUACAAUAAUGAAUGCAGCAGCCCAAUAUUUGAGGAAUUUUUAGAUCUCAUUGGUCAAAAAGUUAGAUUAAAAGGAUUCCAGAAGUAUAGAGGAGGUCUGGACUGUAAAACGGAUACAACUGGACUACAUUCUUUCUACACCACCUUUAACAACAAUGAGAUAAUGUUUCAUGUCUCCACAAUACUUCCUUUUACUGCCAAUAACCAUCAACAGCUGUUACGAAAACGCCACAUAGGAAAUGACAUCGUCACUGUUGUAUUUCAAGAGCCGGGUGCCUUGCCCUUCUCUCCUCAGACAGUGCGUUCCCAGUUUCAACAUGUGUUCAUCAUUAUCAGGGUGUCUAAUCCAAACUCUGAGAAUACAAGAUAUAGCAUUGCAGUGGCCAGAUCUAAAGAUGUUCCUUCAUUUGGACCCCCAAUACCUAGUGGGGGCACCUUUCGCAAAUCACCAGAGUUUGUUGACUUCCUUAUGGCCAAAAUCAUCAAUGCUGAGAAUGCUGCUCACAGGUCGGAAAAAUUCCGAACAAUGGCUCAGCGAACUCGUCAGGAGUACCUGAAAGAUCUUGCCACCAACUAUGUUACAAACACUCCAUUAGAUUCAGGUUCAAAACUGAGUAAAUUUGGCCUGGGGAGUGUUCGAAAGAAAGAGAAAGCAAGACAUAGAGUAGUGCCAGACAUGUAUGCAAAGGGGGCUCUCAUCUGGAAUGUUCAGGUGGAGGACAUGAGCAGUGCAGUUCAAGCAGAGUGCUUUUUGGCAGUAGCUGCUGACACCAUCGUGCUGAUGGAGACUACAAGUAAAGAAGUCAUCUUUACCAUUCCUUGCAGCACUGUCAUUGGAUGGACUCUUCAGGCCUCCAGCAUUAGACUGUACUUCGGACAAGGUGAAUGCAUUUUGUUGCGACCAUUUAGUGGCGACAUGGAAGAAAUGACUGAGAUCAUAACACGGCUUACAGCAGUCUCUCAAGGCACUGAGACUGUCAAGAUGGUGCUGAAGCGAAAUGGGAUGGGUCAGCUAGGAUUUCACAUUCAGUCUGAAGGCAUUGUGACAGAUGUAGAGCCAUAUGGUUUUGCCUGGGAAGUGGGACUGCGCAAAGGCAGUCGCCUGGUGGAGAUCUGUAAAGUGGCCACCAUCACAUUGACGCAUGAUCAGAUCGUGGACUUGCUGAGGACUUCAGCUGUUGUUAAAGUAGUUGUGGUUCCCCCACUGGAAGAUGGAACUCCGAGGGGCUUCAUCACCCUCAGCUCCCAUUUGCCCUUCACCUCGUUGGUUUCACUACAUACUGCCCUCUUCUCCCAUGACCAAUCUCAUUCUCUGACACAUCCACUGGCCAGUCAGAGGGCCUCUCUCAGCCUGCCUCAGCUGCCCAUCACAUCUAGGGGAGACGGCAAACCAAGUAUGCUGGGAAGCCGCACAAGCAUCAACAGUGCAGCAGCAGUGCAGACUGCCUCAUCAUCAUCUGAACAGAACAACAGCAACUCCUACGCACAUACAGAGCAGCCCAUUUCAGCAGUCAGUAGCAUCAGCGUUCACGGUUAUUCCGACUCCACCUUGUCGUCAGGACGGGGUUCAGACGAUGGAAGAGGGUCCUCUUUCUACAGCCAUUCGCGACAAGAGUCAUCGGAUGUGUAUGGAUCUAGUCGUGGCAGUCAUGAUGGGCAUUUAAGUUCAGGCGAUGAACUUCAUUCCCGCAAUGGUUCCCACGACAGUUCAGACUAUUCUCUUUCCAGUAUCAGCCGAAGAGGUUUGUCAAGCUCUGGGAUACAAACUCAGGGGGGUUUGCGGAGAGGGGAGGCCAGCAACUAUUUGAGCAUGGAGGGUUCAGCAACUUCCAGCACAUACUUGACUAGCACAGAGGGCAUCUACAACACCCUGUCCCAGCAUCCCGCAUACAGUGGACCUCUGAGAAAACAGUUUACAAUGGAGUACACACACAGCAAUUUACCAGCAACUGGUAAGCUUGCCCUUGAGCUUCUAAAACAGACUCAAAAUACAAAGUAUCUUCUGGGCCAUGAACCCCCUCCUCUGCCCCAGAAUUCACCACCUGGUGCUGGCCAGGUAGGUGAAAGGGCAGCAUAUGUAGCGCCAUCUGUUGUUGGCCAGGCAACUGAAGGAGCUGCACAUGUGCCGUCAUCCACUUCAGUAUCAUCAGCCAUUGCUUGUGCAAAGCAGGAUGGACUGCACGUAUCAAAAAGAGACAAAGCACUUCAGCUGCUGUUCACCAUUAGCAGUAACAACAGCAGUCCUCGGUCCUCUAACAAGAAUUUGUCAGGUAUGUCUUCAGAAGAAUCCUUAAACUCUCGUCUUCGCCCAGGUGUGACAAAUCACACAAGGCCUUCAAAUUCAGGAGGGUCACGCUUGAAUUUCCAGGAGGAGCUAAAACGUCUGAUUGACCCUGAUAUCACAGAGAGUGAUCUAGCCAUUCUGGCUAAUCAAUGCAAGCCAUUUAGUAAUCAGCGUGGGCGGCCACUACAGCGCACAUUAUCAGACGAGAGUCUGCACAGCACAAAGGGUGUGCUGGGCACACCAACAGGUGACCUCACUAUUGGAAAAGAUGUCCUUUUUACUACAGCACUGCCAGCUAGGUCAAUGGACUCCAGUUCAGGAUCAGAUCCUGCUUCUGUAGAACUGAGGUUGUCAUCUCGAUCUGGCCUAGACACAAGCAGGUUAAGAAGUAAAGCAGUAGGAGAGGGACGACACGUGCCUAUCCCCCUGUCAGCAGCUGGCUUGGAUUGGUCUGAUCUAGUCAGUGUGGCCACCAAGGCUAUGGAAGGUGAUGAUCGAACUAACCAACUAGUGCCCCAUAAAAAGGACCAUAUUGAUGGGCAAGCAUGUUCUGAUGAUGAGGCACCACCCCCACCUCGCCCACCAUCACCUAAACAUGAAGUUUCUCUUUCUGCUACUGGAAUUAAAGCAGUUCCAUCAUGGGUCUCACUGGCUGUGACUCCAGAACAACGUGUCAAAGACCUUGAACUGCUAGUGCAGAGACUUCAGAAAGAUCUUGAAAAGGAACGCCUGCACAGCUCAAAGUUGGAGACUGAAGUCCAGAACCUGAGAGCAGACAAUGUCCGUCUUCAAGAGGAGUCACAGACAGCGGCUGCCCAACUUCGUCGGUUCACAGAAUGGUUUUUUAACACCAUCGACCGUCAGUGACUGCCCUCUUUGUGGAUUUUAUGACACUAGUGACCUUGUGCCUUUCCUCCUGCUGUGUGGAGGUUAACAGUACGUGUACUGGGAUGUCUUCAUGAGGUAGAAAGAUUUCUACGUCAGCAUUGUGUGUGAUAAACAUUUUUCUGGCUGCAACAAAAGCUACUCUGUUCAGAAGCAUUUUUUUAAGUAACUGCCAAUCCGUGUGCCUGUAUUGAUUGAUGUUUGUGUGCGCCAAGAGGUGUGUAUGUGCGAGACCAUUGAAUGCAUAAACACUUGUUUGAUGACUUAAAGACAUGAGGAAAUGAUCAAUCUUGAGAUUGUUUAAAGGUAGAAAUACACAAAAGUGUUUUAUGCUGAACAAGGGAGUAUAGCAUUUUUUUUUUUUUAUCAUGCAUGGAAGUUGACCUAAAAACAGUUUUUAUUUCCAUUACUGAAACCAUGGUUUUUUUUUCUAUGAUGGUUAGUUUUUGUGUAUCACAGUUUUUGUUCAUAGCAUAAUGAAGAAUUAAGUCAAAAUGCAAGUUCAAUCCUGUGCUGUAUUCUUCAGAAAGUUCAAGAUUUGUUUUUGAAGCAGUUUUCUUUCCAAGAAAAAAUUGUUAAAAGUUUUUUUUAAAAUACUGAAUCAUAAAGUCCUAACAUUGUGUAUGCAACGUGCAGAACUCGAAAAAAUGAUUUUGUCUUUUAUACAGCUGGCAGAAAACCUGUUAUGUUAGUCUUCUAUUGCCAGCUCAGUGGUUGCUAAGCAACUGUGUCUAUUCGAAGAAACAGUCCGAGAAGCUUGGAUCUACGCAAGCUAUCACAAGGGUGCACUCAUGCAUGGACUAGAUCUUAUGGGAGGGAGAUGACAGGAGCAAGUGCUUGUUGGUAAAAACUGUUGGAAAAUAAUUGAUGAGCACUAUUAAGAAAAAAACAACCCAUCUAACCAUGCUUUGCAUGUGUUUCUGGUUUUGAACAUUUACAAGUUGUCCUUUCUUGGCAGAUGGCACCUGUGUCUUUCCUGGAGAUGCACUUGCCCAUUAGAUGCAGUGUUUUCAUUUUACACUUUCUGCAUCUUGUGUCACAUUUUGUUCCCAAUUCAUACACUUUCAAUAUCAACUUUUUAAGUGUAAGCUGGAAAAGACCAGUUGAUAUGGUUUUUUUCCCCAUAAGCCUUGGCUGAUUUUUAUCAGUGGAACUUUGAAGUAGUAAGUUGUGAGUGCAGCUAGCAGGCCUCUGAAAUAUGACAAAGCUAGCAGUUCUGAUCACACGAUAACAUCAUUAGCACUGGGGUACAAGGUGAUAUUCUUGAUGCCUGGUUAUAAUGAGGGUAUUUGAGUACACAGAGGUUGCUGAACAACAAAAACAGUAAUCGAGGCACUUAGACAAUUGUGAUUUAUUGUUUUGUCUCAUGGUACCUCUUGCUAGCAAUAUUGUAGGGGCAUAUGCAAACCACCUCACAUAAAGUUCUUGUUUAAUGGGUGUUGCCCUAAGUAAUGCAAUAAAUUGCAUUUGUGCAAGUAGAGGGAAAGAAUCCCUUGGUUUCAACAUUUUUCACAGGUAUGACACAUGCUAUAAAAAAACUUGUGAACAGUAAAGUUGCAAACUACUCUGGGUUUAUUUCUGAGCAGAUUUUGACCUCAACUUCAAAAUAGGCUUUAUCUCCAACGCUGAAAAAAAUGCAGACCAAAAAAGAAACUUUGAAGUAUUUUAGUAUUUAAGUCCCGCAAGUCUUGAGUUUAUUUGCCCCAUAACACAUCAGGCCAUAAUUAUGUCUAUGCUGUGUGCAAUUAGCUUAUUAAGGCUUACAGCAUUCAUGUAAUUUUGUAUAUUAAAUCAACGAGAGGGAGAGCACUGAGGAUUUGAUGUCUCUGAGGUGACUUGCAGCAUUUAUUAAAACUAAGGAGAAACACUUGUGGGAGGAAAGACAUAUUUCCUGCAAGGAUCCCUUAACAAGGAACAAACUGGUUUAUUUCAAGCAACAUUUUUUUUCUCACCUUGAUUGGCAGUCUCCACCAACAGAUUUGUUUUUAUGUCCAUCUUUGCCAAUCCAUGUUUUUGUUUGGUCAAGAUUUGUCAAAUUUGAUGAGCAUGUCUGGUUUUUCAUAAUCUUUAUGGUGAGACCUGUGUCCUGGUAGAAACGUUAGAGUCCUGGUAUAAGUAGAAAAAAGUUAAAUUCUAACUACAGCUAUGUAAAAUAAAGUGGUACAAAACACUUUGAAAAUGAAACAAAAGAGAGCUCAGAUUGUUUAACUUCUCUGUUAGGCUGUUGAAACUUUUCUUUACACAGCAUUGGUCUUUGGUUUUUGGUGCCAUUAACAGUUGUGCAAGCUUGGUCAGGUCAAAUGAACAAGAAAAAAACUGCUAGUACUGUGCAGUUGUGUGGUUAUUUAUAGUCAAAGGAGGAUAAAGGGCAGUUUUUACAGAUUUUGUUUUGUUUUGCAAUUGAAUGCAUCUCAUCAGUUGCUGUUGGAUUGUAUUUAUUUUUGGGUGGAGGGUAUUUUAAAAUGGUGCAAUAGCCUUGGUAACUUCAACAAUUUUGUGCAAAACCUUGAUUAGGUUGUGAUUCCCAUUAUCAGUUGUGUAUUGUACCCAGAGUAGUACUUCCAUCUGGCUUUGUCAUGGUAAUGUGACUGUGUGUGUUUUUCAUUGCUUUGUUAGAUUGUCAUUCAAUACAUGAACAGCCAUUAUGAAGAGAUAAUCUUUUCAGUUUGCGAAGUUUUUACAACUGUUUCUUUAAGCCAGACAGCACUUCUGUUCAUCUUGAGUGUUUGAAUUUAAACAUUAUGCACAAGUCAAAAGUCACCUGGUUUUUCCAGAAAAGUACUGCUCAAAAGACCCCCCCCCCCCCAAAAAAAAAGUCUGUUUCAUAGAGUUGGUCUCAGUUUUCCAAAUUAUACUGCUAAGGCUUUUCAUUUUAAAUGAAGAGUUGUAAUAAAUUUUGCACUUCAUACUGCUAAAGUGAAAGCUGGCAUGCAAUGUUAUGGGGAAGGCAAAACAGGCAUGGUAAACAUAUUUUCCCCGAGUUUGACAACAGGGAAUUGGCAGAUAUGAAUUAUGACUAAUCUUUAUUUGCUGCUAGUGUGGUGAAUUUUGAUCCUGGUGAAGAUAGAGGAGCAGUGUUUUCUAGCAAUAAUGUGACAAAAUUGGUUUUUUUUCCCAUCAGAAGGAAUACUCCAAAAUGUGUCAUCUGUCCUGAGUGGACGUACAUGAUUUUCUUUAAAUCCUUGACAAAGUGGUUGCAUUGUGCAAAGUGUGGUAUUCUUUCGAUGCACCGUGCAGCAAAUUCAUCUACUCAUUAAUCUGACACAUGAAACAGUGGGUUUUUCUUUUUUUUAAAUGUAAAGGACUGGAUGACGUGGUAGGUGAAGAAUGUUGUAAUUCAUUUCCCUUGAACUAUGAAAUAGUCAUUUGGUUGACAAGAGUUGUUUUGUGCAUAAUUUGUAAUUGUUUUCACCUAUUAGAGGAAGGCAUGGGAGGGAUCUGGUUGAUACAAGUACUGCAGGCCACUGCUCCGUCCAGACACUUGCUGCUGCUCUCCUCUCUACCACAUCGCAAGUAGCCUCAGCACAGGAGACACUCUUCCCAGCAUGGUAGUUAGGACCUCUUCCUUCACCUGUUUUCAGCAUUAUGAGCAUACCAUUUGGAAUCUGCUUUUAAUUUGACAAGAUUCUCUGCAGUAACUUUAUGAAAAUUUCUGUAAAUAGUUCCUAUUCUUUUAGAAAUCUUUUAAGGGAAAGAAAACGUGAGUGCACCCGGCUCUUGUAUUACUAUCCUUGGACUGUUCUGUGCAUCUGUGAUUAAAAUCGCUAUGCCUUUCCCCAGUUAUGAAAUUUUUUUCUUUUAGACUGUUAUGCCCAAGAGACCAACGUCUGUUUUCUUGGGAAUUGUUAAUGUUUAGAGCAUCUUUCAGAACCCAUGUGUGGCAAAGAGUAAAUUUUGAGGCUUUUGAUACCUGCUGAAUCCACAAGUCUCCACACUUCUACCUCCAGGAUAUUGUUUUCGUUGUAGGAAAUAUUGGGUGUGGUUGUGAGAAAGUUUGAUUCCAGGUGCAAGGUGUAUUGUCAGGUCACUCACCCAGACUCCUGUUAGCUCUCUUGUUUUCACUUGAACAGGAAGGCUGUUGUGCUUUUAUUUUUGCAUUUUGCCUGUUCAAGCAUGCCCCAAGUUUGUACCAGGUUACAUGCUAGUCAGAUCUGGUUAAGUGAAGCUGGACAUUAUUUUAUGUCACGAGUUUUACAUUUUAAUGAUUUUACCAAACAAAAUUGUUUUAGUUUGAAGGUGAAAAUAAAUAAUGGCCAUAACUGUUCCAAAUGAAAUACAUUCUUACAGCAACAUACUUUAUCUUAAAGACAAAAGUUGUAUAGAUACCUUCCCCUCCUGUGUGUGGUGUCAGUUUUUUUUCCCCUGUACAUACUGGUGAACGAACUAAUGAAGGGCAGCAACAUUUUAAUGCAUUGUGAAGGGCAUAUGUUGAUUACCUUUAAUUCACUAUGUUUUGUGUGAAUAACAUAUGGUCUUGGGCCUGUUGCAGUUAUUCAUAAAUAUUCUGGCUUGUAAUCAUUGUUCAUUUCAUACACAUAUCUUCCACUGAUGUCAUCAACAACUCAAGGAAAAGAAACAGUGUAUGUGAAAAUAAACAUUUUUGUAACAA